AGAAAGCUCCCAGAGCGGCGCCCGCCACCAUGGCCAUGUUCAAGUACUCCCGCCUGGACUUCCUGUGCACUUGCGUGGGCCUGGUGCUGCUGCUGCUGGACAUCAGCCUGGACAUCUGGGCCGCCGUGGGCUUCUACCAGGAGGGGGCCUGGGGGCCCCUGGCCGUGCUGCUGCUGCUGCUCGUGGGCUCCUCGGUGCUGGUGCAGGUUUUCAGCUGGUUCUGGUACAGCUACGAGGAGUUUCAGAUGGAGACCCGGGUGGAGAAGUGGCUGAGCCCCCGACUGAAGCUGCUGCAUGUGCUGCAGAUGGGAAUCUACCUCAGGCACGCCGGCGUCCUGGAGACAUCUAUGGGCAGCUUCUUCUCGAGGAGCAGCGACCCCCUGGCGGUGUACCUGAGCCAUGACCUGAGCAUGCUGCGGAUCAUCGAGACCUUCUCGGAGAGCUCCCCUCAGAUUGUCCUCAUGCUGUCCAUCAUCCUGCAGAAGGGCCUGCUGGACCCGGUGACAGUGAUAAAGGCCUUGGGCUCGGUGUCGGCCGUGGCCUUCAGCGUGACCACGUACCACCGCUGCCUGCGCUCCUUCCUGCCCGAGAAGGCCAAACAGUCCUUCCUCUCCUCGGUGGUGUACUUCCUGUGGCACCUGACACUGCUCCUGUCCCGCCUGGUGGCGCUGGCGCUCUUCACCUCCGUGAUGCCCUGUUUCAUCUUCGGCCACUUCCUCUGCUCCUGGCUGGUGCUGUUCUUUUGCGCCUGGCGCUCGAACACGGCCUUCAUGGACAGCCCCGCGGGGGAGUGGCUCUACCGGGCCACGGUCGCCCUCGUCUGGUAUUUCGACUGGUUCAACGUGGUCGAGGGGAAGACCAGGAAGCCGACGCUGCUGUACCACGGCUACAUCCUGGUGGACAUUUGCCUGCUCUGUGGCUUGUGGUACUGGAAGAUGAGCACGGACCCACCGGCCUUUGUGGUGCCAUGGGUGUACGCCGCCGCCACCGCUGGCACCGUGGUCGCCCUUUACGUCCUCGGACUCCUGCUGAAGGUCUUAUACUACAAACGCUUCCACCCAAACCUGCGCGGAGACGAGCUGAGAGGGGUGAGCACGGAGGUGCUGCAGCUUGGGGAUGAGGUGGACGCCCCGCGCAUGCUCAUGCAGUCAGCCACUGUUCCCGACGUCGUCACAGACAGAUGUAUGCCCGGCCCACCAGCACACUGCAACCGGAGGAUGAAGAAGCUGGCCGAGAACUUCUACUCCGGAUGAGCUGGUCUGGGGGUCGGAGACUGAACCGGGACACUGUGCCCUAGAGGGGGUCGACCAGAGCUGGACUCUCCUGAGCAGGUUCAGCGUUAGCGGACAGCUCAAACCUUGUGCAGGUCCAGUGGUGGUUACCAGCAAAAAAACUCAACAAAACCUGCCAAAAAGCUAUCAAGACUUCCUAAAUUAUUAGUGAUGCUUAUGACUUAAACUCACUUAAACUCUUAAAUGUUAUUUAUUUUUAUACUGUAGCACCUUUCAUGCAGAUAAAAUGCAACACAAAGUGCUUUACAUUAAAAAGAGAAAAGAAACAAUCCACCUUGACCCCCCCCCCCCACUCCCCGUACCCUCAUUCAUACAACACACACACAGCAUACUAUACACAUGCAUACACUGAUAGACCAAGUGAGGAAACACCAUCCUAUGGGAGCCAUCCACACCGAGAGCCGUCCAAGCCCACGACUACAGGGGACGCCGCCGCAGACACCACCCCACUUUAUUCAUUUUAAGAAGUUUGAGUGAGACUCAACUCUGUCACCAUCAGGUGUCUGAACCCAUGUUGGUGUGUGCUGACUCCGCCCAUUAACCCCAGUUGGUCCAGAAAUGGACCGAACACCUGAACACGCCCAUCUCUGUCCAGUCACCAUGGUAACUGUUUCAACUCGUCUGGCUACCUCAUGCUAAUGUGACCUGAUCUGAUCUGUCCACCGAUCCUAAUUCCUGGGAACGUUUAGGUCCUGGGAUGUGAACUACCAUUACCGUAAACUAAUUUGGAUCCCACCCGUCCUCAAGGGCUGCUGGGGCUGAAGCCAGGGCCGGGGGUGCCACCGGGACGGGCUGAGGAUCACCUGACCAGGGGAUUUGGGUCCCACCGGGGUCUGCACCUUCAUGUUGCUCUGUGAGUACAUGGGAGUCGGUGCCUAGGGGUCAUCCAGAGACGUCCACAACAACGGAUGUUUUCCUGUCGCUCUGAAACGGACCACACUUCCUGUUCUCUACACACUACAAGCUACCAGCAUUACUUCUCUGUAACCUCCUGCCUUUGAUACCUCAGUGUUGGCUCAACGUAUAAUUACUCAGGAACCUCAGGCCACUACUAACACAAGGAAACCCGGUCCUCCGCUGCACUGAAACAUCUGUAACCUCUGUUAUACAUUCCUAACAUGGAGAAUACUUCAGUGACUCCAGUCCCAUGAGUGUCCUCGACACCCAGGUCAGCUGAUGUUUUACACCUCUGAGCUUAUUAUUAGCUUUUUGAAGUGACAGCAAGUGCUUUCUUUUAUAUUUGAUGCCAACUAAAGCGACAUUUUAUCCUUCUGUGUACAGGACGUACGUCAUUGACGUUUGGUUUGCUCUGUAGUUCCACCAGUGAACACUAGGGGCCAAAGCUGGUUUCAAUUUAACUCAAAAACACCAAUAGUUCCCAAAGGGAAAUUACUUUUACUCUUCCUUCCUCCACUUCCUUCGGAGAUCUGAGUGAAUUGGAGAUGAUAAAUGUUCAGGACAGUACUUUUACUGACAUUGAAUAACUGAUCUGUUUACUCUGCUUGAAAACAAUGAGGAGGAAGUAGUCGUAGUAGUCAUAAUGGGGUAAAUGCAAUGCUAACUAGCAGAGAAGUCGUGUUAUGUUUCAGGUCUACCCAACUUGUAGCUAUUGGCCCUUUUCCACUAGUACCGACUCGGCUCGCCUCAGCUCGAUCUGGCACUUUUCCACUAGC